CAUUACAAGAAGAUAGUGUGCACUUUAGUUUAUGGAUGAGAAAGAGCGAGAUCAGUGGUUGUGGAAUGGGAUUAGACCGGUACACAGGAUUAGGGAGCGCUCCAGUCCAGGCUGCGCGCGCACCACACCCUCCUUGCGUGCGGACCGACGGCCACCUGAGACGGUUCGAUCACGUUCUGCACAUCCUCAAUCCCGCGUCUGGAUCCGCACGGCUGUUUUUAUUGGUGUGGACAUGGCCGACGUCCCGCAGCUCGUCAAAAUCGGGAUUUCGCUGAAAAUGCUUCCUAGCAACACCGCCGUAUACUUCAAAUCUGACGGCGCCAGGUUCGGGCAAAGCCGGACCAUCAAGCUGCUGACCGGGUCCAAGUACAAGAUCGAGGUGGUGGUUAAACCCGGAGCGGUGGAGGCCACGUCAAUGACCAUAGGGGGUGUCACUUUCAUCCUGGAGCAGCAGUCCAAAGAUCCCCAGUCGGUCGUCUAUACAGGCCUCUACAACACUGAGGGGGUGACACACACCAAGAGUGGGGAGAGGCAACCUGUUCAGAUCGACAUACAGUUCACAGAGGCGGGCAUGUUUGAGACGGUGUGGCAGGUUAAGUACUACAACUACAACAAGCGGGACCACUGCCAGUGGGGGAACAGCUUCAACAGCAUCGAGUACGAGUGCAAACCCAACGACACGCGCACGCUCAUGUGGGUCAACAAAGAGACAUUUAUGUGAGGGGCGGGUCGGGGGUUAAAAACCCACAAAUGUGUGUGUUCCUACCUUCCCAACCAAUUUGAACCGUUGACAGCGUUUACCUGAAUCUAUAUUUAAUGUUCAAGUUGACUGAUGGUGUCUGUAAGGGUGAGUUCACACUAGUCGUGUUUGGUUGGGUUAAAAAGGUGUGCACCAAACAAGUGGAUUGACAUGGUUCUCGGUCUACUUGCAAAGGAAGUUUGGUGCGGUUUGGUUGUGAACGCUAUGCGAACCAAAGACUCGGAUCAGUGUUAAAAUGGCAACACAAAUACUCUCUCUCAGUGUUUGUGCUAUUUGACAAUACCGCUCUUUAAAAGUACAUUUUAGAAGCUUUUUGUGAAAUCUAUGGUAAUGGUUUUAUUUCAUUUGAACAUGCAUCAGAUUACAAUUGAAUGCAUCACAUAAUCAGUUCACAGUUCCACAUGUCCAAAAGGAGUAGGAAGAAGCAAAGCUUAUUAAAUCCUACCCCUCCAUCUGGUACUUUUACAAUCAGUAACUGUUACAUUUGUUCACUUCCUGCUUUCCAUAAUACAGUUUAAGUUUUUUUUUUUUGUCCCGUACCGAAGUACAAGGUGAUAUGACCAUACAAUGACAUUAUGUGUACCAUAGUAACUGUCCAUAUAGUGACAUACGUAUAUAGCACAUUAUGAGACUCUAAGCUAGUAAUCAUUCAUUCAUUCAUUCAUUUUCUACCGCUUUUUCCUCACGAGGGUCGCGGGGGGUGCUGGAGCCUAUCCCAGCUGUCUUCGGGCGAGAGGCGGGGUACACCCCGGACUGGUCGCCAGCCAAUCACAGGGCACAUAUAGACAAACAACCAUUCACACUCACAUUCAUACCUAUGGACAAUUUGGAGUCGCCAAUUAACCUAGCAUGUUUUUGGAAUGUGGGAGGAAACCGGAGUACCCGGAGAAAACCCACGCAUGCACGGGGAGAACAUGCAAACUCCACACAGAGAUGGCCGAGGGCGGGGACCGAACCCUGGUCUCCUAGCUGUGAGGUCUGCGCACUAACCACCAGACCGCCGUGCCACCCGCUAGUAAUCAUAACGGAGUAUAAAAAUAACCCACCUAUUCACCCCAGUGAACUGCAUUUUGGUACACAAAAAUACCAUAAGUGAAAGAAAGUUACUGUUUUGCAAGUGUAAAAGUAAACACGUGCAAGUCCAAGUCAAGUCCAAAGUCAUAGGCAUGCAAUUAUGUCCUUACAAGUCAUAAGCACUGCUAAGUCUUUACCAAAUACAAUGCCUUGACUUCGUAAUUUACGAAUGCAAAUGAUGUUAUUCUCGGUAGCAUGUAGACCCAUCCUGGAGCUCACAGAAAUGUAGACCACACACUCGUUGUUUGUUCUUAAACCUCAUUGGACAUUGAUAGAUGCAUUCAAUGAGGCAGAUUAUGUGGGGAAAUUUGCUGUUUGGCUUGAAAUGACUUAAUACCGGUUUUGUUAGUUGAAUACUUUGAAUGGGGACACACUUACUCAACACACUGACUGUAUUUUCAAGUCAUCAGACUAAAGUCGAAAGACUAAAACUAAAAAGUCUUUGAUUAUUCAAUUCGAGUCCAAAGUCAUUAAGUGUUUUGUCCCAUACAAGAGUACCAAUUCACAAGUGUGAACACAACCGAAGUGACUGGAGUGUGUAACUGUUUUAGGCUUUAGCUGGCAUAUGUGUUAUUGUUAUUAUAAAUGGUGCUCGUGAACCCAGGUUAUAUUUUCCAUAAAUACAUUGUAUGUUUUUAUGUAUUCAGACAAUUUAAUAAGAACUGUAUCCACAAUUCCGCCUUCACAAAAGGUAAUAAUGCUCAGUUUUUAAUUGUGGAUGUAGUCUUCAGCGGUGUGCCACUGCACCGCGUCAUACGGAGGCUUGUUUCUAAUAUUUUGGUUAGCUAUUAUGUAGCUAAGUAGGGUGAUUUCUGUCAAUUUAAUAACAACUACCUCUCUUUGUUGUGUGGCUACACUUGCUGAUUCUGCAACUCCCUGUUAAAUAAGCUAUACACUGUGUUGCUUAACAGUUACUUCAUUGCUUUUUUUAAUCAUUAAAUUAAAUUGUAUAUGCAGACACAAGCGCAAGUCCAAUUGAACUGUCAUCCAUCAACAAAGAGAGGCAAUCAAGCUCAUCGUGGUCAUGUGUUCUUGUAAAGCAAAGUUAUUACUAUGAUGAAACGUUCAAGUCAGCGUCUUGUGUGAACUCGUGUGACCUACGAAAAUGGAACUAUGCCGUUUUGAACCCAGUAUUAUGACAGUUUGUGAUGAUAUGCUCCUGUUGUUGGUGUUUAAGUUCUGUCUACCUCGUUCAAUGGAUGUAAUACUGUAUAAAAGGAUAAAAAUAUCAGGGUUUUUUUCUAUUUUGUGUUGUAAAUGGUGUAUUUUUUGUACAAAGUGACAAUGAAUUUAAAUGUGUGUACAUUUUUGACAGAUAUAUAUGUUGUGAUAUACUAUUUUCUUUGACUCGACCUAUGCAAGAAAAAAAUAAACACCUAAAA